UUGACUUAAAUAUCAAAUGUAUCAUAUUCGAAUCAACGGUAUCAUAAUUGUGUGUAUGUGGGAAAUUUCUCCUCUUUAUAAUUUAGACUAUUGCUUGUACUCAAACAAAAAUAAUGAUGUAUUCUGUAUUGAUGUAUAGCUUCUACAGAAAAAGCAAGCAACUUCCAUAUGCUUGUAAAGGCCUAAGCCAACCAUUAUAUAUAUAUUCUUCAUAGUUGUGCGAAUUCCUUGUGGUAUUUGUUUUUGUAUCAAAGUUUCCACUCUAGCAAACCACAUUAGAAAUAGAAUAUUGUCUUUGAGCAACAGCAGCAGCUGACCAUGGAAACCAAUGGCACCGCAAGAAAGACCACAUCAACAACAGAAUACCAGGACUUGUUGCCAGUUAUGGCAGAGAAGCUGGACGUGGAGAGCUUUGUGUCCGAGUUAUGCGGAGGUUUUCGGCUUCUGGCAGACCCCGGAAGAGGGUUGAUCACCCCGGAGAGCCUGAAGAAGAAUUCGGCGUAUCUCGGCAUGGAGGGGAUGAGCAAAGAGGACGCGGAGGCGAUGGUUGGGGAAGGAGAUCUUGAUGGAGAUGGUGCACUCAAUGAGACUGAGUUUUGUAUCCUGAUGGUGAGGCUGAGUCCUGAGAUGAUGGAAGAUGCUGAGACAUGGCUUGAGAAAGCUCUUGAUCAAGAAACUCAAAAGUCCUCAAGCACUUGAUUCUUGAAUUGCAGUAGCUGAGAAAAAAAAAAUAUUUAUGAUCUCAAUCUGUUUUUGCAACUUGGUUGCUGCAGGCUACUGUUAAUGAUGUUAUUAAAUUGUUGGAUUGGAUGUCAUGGUGUAAUUAACAGGAGAAGAUCAAUGAUUAAGGGUUUGUUGUCCCAUUUGCCCCUUCA